UGAGUCCUGUUUUAUUUGCAUGGGAACCUAUAAAACCUGUCAUGAAUCUUAACAUUUUUUCAUCAGGUUGAAAAUUUGGGAAAAUAUCAGUAUCAUGUCAAAUGAUGUUAACAGGCACAAGGUGUUUUACACCACCAGAGUGCGAACUACACUGAAGAAUGAUGGCUGUUGGAUCAAGAAGGCACAAGAGGAAACAGAAGAGCAAUGCAAAGCAAGAACAGACCAUGCUGUGGAGAUCAGACCCGCUCCGGUCAGACCGAACUCUUAUGUCCUGUCCACAACUAAGAAAUUUGAGCUCCAAGCACCCAAAGAAGAACUUACCCAAAAGUGUGUGGAACAACAAGAAAUAUCAGUUACCAACAAAUCUGCAGAAAACAAGGAAGAAUAUAUCGCGGCAGUUUACCAGUCAAAUGUGCAACACAAUGACGGGGCUGCUGAGGUCUAUUCAGAGGUUCAUUUUGCAGAGCAACCAGCCGCCAACACAACUGCAGAAAACAAAGGAGAACAUGCUGGUGCAACAGUUGGGCAGUCAAACAUAGAACACAAUGAGGUAAAGGUCUCUGCAGAUGCUCAUGUGGAAGAUACAGUUGCAGAAAUCUUUGCUGCGGCUGGCACAGAGGAGAGUAAAGAUACGGCUGAAGUCCCUGCUGGGCCUGCAUUGAAACUGAAAUCUCAAGAGGAACCUUCAAACAAAACAGAGCCCGCAAAUGCAGUCGUAGAAACAGCUGUUCAACCUGCAGAGGGCAGUUGUGAGAAAAGUUCUCCAGAACAGGCUGCAGACGACAGUGUCAAAGCUGUAGCUGAGGUUGUGGCAAAGUCAACAUCUGACACAAGUGACGUGGUUAAUGCAACACUAGGAAACGAGGCUGCUCUCCCAGACGGUGUUAAAGCUGUAGCUGAGGUUGUGGUCAAGUCAUCGCCUAAAACAAGUGACGUGGUUAAUGCAACACCAGGAAAAGAGGCUGCUCUCCCAGACGGUGUUAAAGCUGUAGCUGAGGUUGUGGUCAAGUCAUCGUCUGGAAUAAGUGACGUGGUUAAUGCAACACCAAGAAAAGAGGCUGCUCUUCCAGACGGUGUUAAAGCUGUAGCUGAGGUUGUGGCAAAGUCAUCGUCUGGAAUAAGUGACGUGGUUAAUGUAACACCAAAAAAAGAGGCUGCUCUCUCAGAUGGUGUUAAAGCUGUAGCUGAGGUCGUGGUCAACUCAUUGCCUAAAACAAGUGACGUGGUGAAUGCAACACCAGGAGAAGAGGCUGCUCUCCAAGUCAGUGUUGAAGCUGUAGCUAAGGUUGUUGUGGAGUCAUCCCCUGACACCCCUGCUGUGACUGGUGGAUCAGGAGAAGAGGCUGCUCUCCAAGUCAAUGUGGAACCAGUCCCUGACUUGGUGGCAGGUAAUGUGCCUGAAUCGCCUACUCAACCUGCUGCUGAAACUUCAGUUAAGUCUCUAGAGAGUAAAGUCGAGUCAGCAGCCAAAGCUGAAGAGGUAGUUGAGUUUGAAGUUGCGCCUGUUGUCAACACUUUUGUCAAGCAAAGUGUUAAGCCAACACCGAAGAGAGCAGCAGAUGGUGUGGUGGAGUUGAACAUCAAGGAUGCUGUUGAACCUGUCACAGCUGUUCAGGAGAAGUUCUCUUACACACCCAUUGAACUGUCCGAAGCAUUAGAUGUUAAGCCACCGACAACUGAAACUGCUCCUAAGCCUCUAAAAGAUUCAAAACAAUCCCACACUGAGGAAACCAAGCCAAACCAACGCUCUGAGCAUACCAACACAUCUGAAAUAUUUAAAAAGUCCAAGGAGAAGGAACAACCCACUCAAAAACAGAAUGUCAUCAGGAAAUCCAAUGUUUGUUCAUUUUGUGACAAAAGAAUUGAUGGAAAUGUCAAGCUCCUUCUCAGUGAACCUGCGGUGAUCUGCCACCCUGACUGCCUAAAGUGUGGUGGGUGUGCUAAGGUCCUGGGAGAUCUGCUGACCACCAUGUUCUUGCAUGGUCAAGAGGUCCAAUGUGGUGCCUGCUUUGCAAAAACUCUCAAGUCUGAAGCUUAACUGGGACAAAUAUGUUGCCGGAGAAGACUUACAGCUAGUUGGGACUGAGGACCUCACCCCCGUUACCCUAUGUCUGUAUUGUUUUUUUUUUUUUACUACUGUAUGUUUCUUUUAGGACAUAGUGUAAUGUCAGGGUUAAAAAUUCUAUAAUGAAAAGGUUUGUUGGCAUAUUAUUUCUGGUUGUAAUUGCCAAAGAUGCUUAUAUGGAAUACAAUUUUUAUUUUGACAUAUAUGGUUCAAUAAAAUCACAAAUUACUACCUCAGA